UCGCAGGAAAGACAGCACGCCCUCCGUACUUGCCUAGUGAGGAAAGGAGAACACGCUGGAUCAGUUGUGUGCAAUCCGGCAGAAGAGGUUCCCGCCCCGCAGAUCCGGUCCCGAGCUGCCCUCUCCAGGCCGAGUUUCCCAGCGGGCCCGGGGCACGCCUGUUUCGCGGCAGUCGUAAAGCGCUGCUGUGCGGCGUGGCUCCUCCCCUUCCGCGCCUCUUGUGACGCCGGCUCCCUAGGCUUUUUGAGCGGGAAAACGGAGUGGAGUGGAACUAGUGCUCGUACAGCUGCAACUGGCCGGCUGGGCGGAGGCAGUCCCUUCCCAGCAUGGGGCUGCUGGAGCUGUGCGAACAGGUGUUCGGUACCGCCGACCUUUACCGAGUGCUGGGCGUGCGGCGUGAGGCGUCGGACGGAGAGGUCCGGCGCGGUUACCACAAGGUGUCCCUGCAGGUGCAUCCCGACCGGGUGGACGAGAGCCGCAAGGAGGACGCCACCCGCCGUUUCCAGAUCUUGGGGAGAGUCUACGCCGUUCUCAGCGACAAGGAGCAGAGAGCCGUGUACGAUGAGCAGGGAGCCGUGGACGAGGACUCAGCCGGGCUCAGUCAGGACCGCGACUGGGUGGCGUAUUGGAGGUUGCUUUUUAAAAAGAUAUCUCUAGAGGACAUUCAAGCGUUCGAGAAGACUUACAAAGGUUCAGAAGAAGAGCUGGCUGAUAUUAAACAGGCCUAUUUGGACUUCAAGGGGGACAUGGAUCAGAUCAUGGAGUCCGUGCUUUGCGUGCAGUACACAGAAGAAUCUAGGAUAAGAAACAUCAUUCAGCAAGCUAUCGAUGCAGGAGAUGUCCCCUCCUAUAAAGCUUUUGUCAAAGAAUCAAAACAAAAGAUGAAUGCCAGGAAGAGGAGGGCUGAGGAAGAGGCUAAAGAAGCAGAAAAGAGCAGAAAAGAACUAGGGCUUGAAGAAGGAGUAGAUAAUUUGAAAGCAGUCAUUCAGAGCAGACAAAAGGAUCGGCAAAAAGAAAUGGACAAUUUUCUGGCUCAGAUGGAAGCAAAAUACUGCAAACCUUCCAAAGGAGGAAGAAAAAAAAUCUCUGUCAAGAAAGAAAAGAAGUAAUGGAAUUUUUUCUCUUUAAAGAUCAUAGGUAUUCAUGGGUAUGAUAGGCAAGGUCCAGUCAAGAUUUAAAGGCAAACCUUUGAAAUUAUCUUUGCUGCCCAAAUUCAGAACUAAGCCAAGCAGAACCUGAUUUUAGUAUUUCUUAGGAUUUAAUUUGACACACUAUGAGGUCCUCAUGAAGGAGUGUAUUGAAAGAUGGAAGGAAAUAUCCUUCCCUACAGCACUUGCUUCCUGGGCCUUGUGCCCAGGGAACUCUUUGCUUUCAGUGAUGUGUACAUCCAUUAGAACAGGUGCACUACUCUAUCCUUUUAGUACGGGAGAAAUGGGUGUUCAGAUUGUCACAUUUUUGUAAGACAUAUAUGAUUAAUAAACAAGUAAAAUAAAAAUAUUAAGUUCUGGUGGCUUUUUUAAAUGAUUUAGUUGAUAGAGGACAAAAAUAACUAGUCGGCAUUACAAUUGUCUGGUUUCAGUAACAUAAAGAAAUGUAGCCCCAUUUCUAGUUGCUCAAGUGUCCUUAGGCAGAUCACUCAGCUAAUUGAGCUGCUUUCUUAUCUGUAAAAUUACGAGUGAGAUCCAAAAUGCCAAUUGUGUCAGCUCUGAGUGGAUGAAUAAGGGAACACACAAGUACAUGUACAGGAACUGGUGGGCUAAAAGACAUCUUAAGAGAUAUCAUCUGAUGUAUAUGUAACAACCUUUUUGUUAAUGCAUUCAUGGUACUGAUUCAUUAACAGUAGAGACUGGUUUUUAUUGUCCUUAGUUGAGGUAUGUACUCUGGAAUACAGGGCAUUUUUAAGGACUUUUCAACUUAAAAUUGAUUUGUAGACUAAUAUACUACAUGCAUAAAAAACCUUGCUAAUGAACAUCAUAGUUUAUGUAAGGUAAGCACAUGAAACUUUGUGAUUACAUGUUACUCUUUAAUUGUAUUAAUAUGCAGUUUAAUGCAGAUUGUUGGAACCAUCUGUCUUCAUUUGAUAACAUUGGAACAUGUUGAUAUAAUUAGUCACCUCAACUUAUGAUCACUUGAAUUUAUCCAACUCUGAACAUUAACACUGAGGUCUAAAAUUGAAGUGAUAAUUGUUUAAUAUUCAAUGAAAUUAAAGAGAAUUUAAGCCAUAGUGAAACCAUGGCUAUAUUCAUGAAUGCCUUUGAGAAAACAUCUGUGGUAAAGAUCAGAAUGCCAAAAUUCUCACUACUACUGCUGAUCUGAGGAUAUGUAUUUAUU